GCCUGCCCUCCGGGAUCCCCGUCGGGCUCGUCUCUUUGUGGGACAAAGGCAGGGCCCGCUCCCCCAUCUACAAACCUUAUACAGCUGGCAAGGUGUAGAAAAGGGGAGUAGCAGCCUUUUAUUCAGUUCUUCCCCUACAGCAGGUACAUACGCUAGUUUAUUAAGUCCCCAAUUGGCCGAGGAAGAAAAGGUCACAGCCGACCAGAGGCAGACGUGGGCUUUGAGCCCAAGCACUCGUGACCGCGGAACCCCAGUCUUCUUCUACUCUAGCCCCCACGCCCGCCGCUGCCUGCACCCCGUGUCAGCCCGGCCCUCCCCUCAGGCCAGCCGCUCCAGACCCUCCCAAGCGAGGUGUCCCACGGCCAGGGUCCACCUCUGCUUGUGAGGAAGCCCACCUCUUCCUGCCGGCCACUGGUUGCCCAGCUCAUUCUAACUUGCUUCCUGGCCCGGCCACCAUACGCUUUCACACCUGCGGACCCUGGUGUGUACUCUCCCCCCACCCGGAAUAGCCUCAUCCUUCUUCCCUACGCCUAGGCCUCUGACCCCCUUUACCUCCCUAACUCCUGCCUGUCCUCACAAAACUCUCGGGGUGCGCCGAGGACACAAUGCACGUGCACUUCCCGCAGCACGUGGCAAUGAUCUCUCUGCGUUUCCAUCAAGGGCAGGCCCAGCAUUCUCUUAACUCUUGACACGCAGUUCCUGGGACCAAGAGGCUCGGGAGAUGUUUGUCCCGCACCAGAGGCCCAGCUGGAGCGGCAAAUGGACAUCCAAGAAGCUGGUGAACACGGUGGCAGGCUGUGCGGACGAGGCCCUUGCCGGCCUGGUGGCCUGCAACCCCCACCUGCAGCUCCUACAAGGUCACCGCGUGGCCCUCCGUUCUGACCUGGACAGCCUCAAGGGCCGGGUGGCACUGCUGUCCGGCGGGGGCUCUGGCCAUGAGCCUGCCCAUGCCGGCUUCAUAGGGAAGGGGAUGCUGACUGGGGUCAUCGCGGGAGCCGUGUUCACCUCCCCGGCAGUGGGCAGCAUCCUGGCAGCCAUCAGGGCAGUGGCCCAGGCGGGCACCGCGGGGACCCUCCUCAUCGUGAAGAACUACACGGGAGACCGGCUCAACUUCGGCCUGGCCCGGGAGCAGGCCCGGGCCGAGGGCAUCCCCGUGGAGAUGGUGGUUGUCGGGGAUGACAGCGCUUUCACCGUCCUGAAGAAGGCGGGCAGGCGGGGACUCUGCGGCACAGUGCUCAUACACAAGGUGGCUGGUGCCCUGGCUGAGGCAGGUGUGGGGCUGGAGGAAAUCACAAAUCGGGUGAGCGUGGUUGCCAAGGCCAUGGGAACCCUGGGAGUGAGCUUGUCUUCCUGCAGCGUCCCUGGCUCCAGACCUACCUUCGAGCUCUCACCUGAUGAGGUGGAGCUGGGCCUGGGGAUCCACGGGGAAGCUGGCGUGCGCCGGAUAAAGAUGGCAUCUGCCGAUGAGAUCGUGACACUCAUGCUCGACCACAUGACGAACUCUUCCAACGUGUCCCAUGUGCCCGUGCAGUCAGGCUCCUCAGUGGUGCUCAUGGUCAACAACCUGGGUGGCUUGUCAUUCCUGGAACUGGGCAUCGUAGCCGACGCGGCUGUCCGCUCUCUGGAGGGCCGCGGGGUGAAGAUCGCCCGUGCCCUAGUGGGCACCUUCAUGUCCGCCCUGGAGAUGCCUGGCAUUUCUCUCACCCUUCUGCUGGUGGAUGAGCCUCUCCUGAAACUGAUCGAUGCUGAGACCACUGCAUCGGCCUGGCCCAAUGUGGCCAAGGUCUCUGUGACUGGGCAGAAGCGGAGCCGGGCGGCCCCUGCCGAGCCUCUGGAGGUUCCCGACACCACUGCUGCAGGAGUUGUGGAGGAACCAGGCGUACCUCUUCCCCACUGGCCUCCCUCUCCAGGCUCGGCCUCGCAGCAGAUGGCGCUUGCCCUGGAACGGGUGUGCGCCACCCUCCUGGGCCUGGAGGAACAUCUGAAUGCCCUGGAUCGAGCUGCCGGUGACGGGGACUGUGGCACCACCCACAGUCGCGCUGCCAGAGCCAUCCAGGGGUGGCUGAAGGAGGGUCCGCCCCCUGGCAGCCCUGCCCAGCUACUCUCCAAACUGUCCCUCCUGCUCCUGGAGAAGAUGGGAGGCUCCUCUGGGGCGCUCUACGGCCUCUUCCUGACCGCGGCGGCCCAGCCCCUCAAGGCCAAGACGGACCUGCCGGCUUGGUCUGCUGCCAUGGAGGCCGGCCUGGAGGCCAUGCAGAAGUACGGGAAGGCUGCUCCAGGGGACAGGACUAUGCUGGAUUCCCUGUGGGCAGCAGGACAAGAGCUCCAAGCCUGGAAGAGCCCAGGCGCCAGUCUGCUCCACGUUUUGACAAAAGCAGUCCAGAGUGCGGAGGCUGCAGCCGAGGCCACCAAGACUAUGGAGGCCGGAGCCGGGAGAGCCAGUUACAUCAGCUCUGCGCGGCUGGACCAGCCGGACCCUGGGGCAGUGGCCGCGGCCGCCAUUCUCCGGGCCAUCCUGGAGGCCCUGCAGGGCCCGGGCGCGUGAGCACCUCCCUGGGCCUCCGUGCCCCUCUCACCGCUGUGUGGAGGUGGCCACUGGCAGUUCCUCUUGUCUUCCAGCUGUCACCCUUCCUGUCCCCUUGUCCCCAGAACCUGUCCCAAGUUCGACAGGGAACCCUGUACCAACCUCCGGAUUUCCUACAGAGACUGCAGGCCCACGGUGGGUCACAUACCACUUUAGCACUGCCUUUUGCCUCCUCAGGGAGGAGGGAUGCUGGGGUCGCCCUGCUCUGCCCCCAGCCACCUCGGGGCCUUGGCAAUAGGCAUUUUCCUUGGGUGGCAACAUGGCCUUUAAUCGGCCGUGCUAAUUUGGUUUUAAGGCUCCCUGUGAAAGACCUUCCAACCCUGACCCUGAGUCAAUGUGAAAAACAAGCAAAAAAAA